AUGAUAUUUCUUAAGGUUGCGGCUUCACGAUUAUCUAUGAUAUUUUUUCCACCAAUGAUAAAAUCAUCUGCUGUUAAGCUAUUUAUUGCUCUAUCACGAAAAAAAUUUAUGAAUUUUAUGAGUGAUUUCGAAGAGUGA